UCUUCUCAUUCUUCAAAUCAUGGAUUGUUUCAUCAACCGGAAUUUAAUUUAUCGCGUCCUGCCCCACUUGAAAGAUCUGUUUCUCCAUUUGAAAUAUCAAGAUCAACUAAAUUUGAACAACAACAAAAUCAAACCAGUUCUCCGAUAAAUGAUUUAUUUCAUAAUGCUCUGAAUUAUGAAAAUACUUUCAAAACUUCCCCUAAAAGAAAACCAAAUAUUAACGUACCUAAUUUUGUGGAGAUUUUCCAAGAACAAAUCGAUCUAAGAUUAGCUUCUUCAAAUAAUCCAACUGCGGUUAUGGAAUUGGAUUUGGAUGGUAAUAUACGAUACUUGAGUAGAAAUUGGGAAGUUAUAGUUGGUACCAAUAUUAAAAAAUUGGUUGGCAAAUCGAUUUCUAAUAUCUUAAUUGGUAAUAGCGAAGAUGAUCUAAAAGUUUUCAAUAACGCUAUUGAUCAAAUGGUUAAGGAUGAUGUUUCCUAUAAAGUUAAAUUUAUAACUGCAACUAAUGAUCUGGUUAAAGCUUCAGAUAUUGAAAAUUCUUCUCAAAAUGAGUCUAACUCUGAUACUGAUGAUUAUUUUGGCUCUAAUGCAAACACUCCACAAAUGCCGAGAGAUUUUGAUAUAACCCUUAGUUCUGAUGAUCAAUCCAGCUCAUUAAGCUCAAAAGUUUCAAAUAAUGGAGAAGUUAUUGAAUUGGAAGCUCAAGGAAUUUUGAUUCAUGACCCAAAAACUAAACUACCAUCUCAUUCAAUAUGGACAAUAAAACCUUUUGCUUAUAUCGAUUUGGACUUAACAAUUCCAGAAAGCUUAAUUAACCUUUUAGGAUUCGGUUCAGAAAUAUUUGAAGGCUAUUUGUUUAAUUUGAAAGAAAUGGGUAUCACUGAUGAAGAGAGUGUUCCUCAACCAAAAUCUAUUCUAUGUAGAAUUUGUGAAAGUAAUAUCCCUGCUUGGUUUAUUGAAAAACAUAGUGAUUUAUGUAUUGUGGAAUAUCGUAUUAAUGAGGAGCUACAAAAUUGUCAUGAUGCUAUUGCUGACCAACGUCAAUUAAUUAUGAAAAUUACAGAAAGUCUAUGGUUUCAACAAUAUGACUCUAAUCCCUCUCCGAAUACUUCUGGGAAGAUUUUAGGUUUAGGUGUCAAUAGUUCAAAUUCUGAAACUUCUAGUGGACCUAAUAGCUCAGGAUUCUCUACCCCAACUUCAUCAAAUAGCUCGAUUCUGGACAUUUCGGCUUCUUCUUCUUCAACUAAUGGAUUGAUUGACGAUUAUAAAGGUAUUCCAUUACCUUCUAUGUCUCUUCAUGAUUCACAACCCACAAGUGGCUCAUCACCUAGAUUAUCAAGUCACUCACUAAUCAAAAAUACUUCAUCUGUUCAAUCAAUACUACAAUCGAAAAAAUUUCCCUUUGGUAUCCUCAGAAGAUUACUAGAAUUAUGUGAUGAAGCUUUACAAAUUAAUCCAGCUGAGAAAUUAGAAGAUAAUGGUAUUUUACAAUUUUCUCCAAAUACUGAAAAGGCAAUUAGCUCCGUGGCGAAUUGGAGGGUAUUUGAUACAAAUGACUUAGCCCUUAAAACCAUGAUUGAAGAUACUAAAUCUUUAGUGAAUGAUAAAAUCGAUACUUUAUCAAGAUUAAUUUCAAUUUUACAGUAUAGUGAUAAAAUAAAAGCAGAAGUGGAUGAAUUAGUUUUAGAGACUGUCCAGUCAACUGUUCAAAGAAUAAGGGAACAAAUACGUAUUAAUGAACAACAACUGCAAUCACUGCUUUAUCAUAGAACCUCUGCUUCAAGCCAAAGUCGUAAUUCUAAUGAUCAAACUUUGUCUGAACCGAUUAAUUUAUCACCAACUCCUUCUAAUCCUAACUCUACUUUAAUCCACUCACCUCAACCAUCAAGGACUAGAAGUCCUUCGGCAAAGCUAAUCAAUGAAUCAUUCGAAAGUUCAAGUAAGGCAGCUACCUCAAUUACCCCUAAAGAUAUUUUAUUGAGAGGAAGAACAACACCAGUUGAAAUUCCUAGGGGUGGAUCAAAUGCUUCUAUUUCUUCGAGAGCUUCAUCUAUAUCAGCACAUAAUUCAAGGCAUGAUUCUAGGGACUUAAAUUUAAUAGAUUCAUUCAAUGAUUUGGAACUACUGAAAAAGUCAUCUGAAGCAAUUUCGAAUAAUUCAUCUUUUUCUUCCCCUAGAAGACAUUUAUCGCCAGCUCCUUAUGUUGAGAAACAGAAUUUGUCAUCAUUUCAACGAAAUCCCAAUUCAAGGUUUGAAGCAUCUUCACCUAUGGCUUCGCCUUCUUUGCAACACCUUGAUGUGACUAAUGACUCUUUACCUCAAGCCCCACCUUCUAUUCAGUAUAGCUUGCUGGAGAAGCGAACUAACUCAGGUGGAAGUGUCACAUCAUCCAGUGCUAAUAACAAUGUUCACCAUUUAUCGAUCAAUACUGGUCCGAAUAGUAAAAACCCUAGCGCCAAACCCCCCUUGUCGCCAUUGUUAGUCUCUCUGACUCCUCCAUCGAAACCUUCGGUUGGUAGUAUUAAGGAUUAUGAAGUUCUAAAGGCUAUAAGUAAAGGUGCAUUUGGUUCGGUAUUUUUAGCCAAAAAGAAAGUAACAGGUGAUUAUGUCGCUAUAAAGUGUUUGAAGAAAAGAGAUAUGAUUGCAAAAAAUCAAAUUUUAAAUGUCAAAUCUGAACGUGCGGUAAUGAUGAAACAAACUGAUUCCCCUUAUGUUGCACAAUUGUAUUGCAGUUUCCAAACUAGAGACUAUCUUUACUUAGUGAUGGAGUAUUUGAAUGGUGGUGAUUGUUCUACGUUAUUAAAAGUUUUGGGAACCUUAGGUAAUGAAUGGGCUAAAAGAUAUAUUGCCGAAGUUGUUGUUGGUAUCGACGAUCUUCAUAGAAGAGGUAUUAUUCAUCGUGAUUUGAAACCAGAUAACUUAUUAAUCGAUAGUAAGGGACAUUUAAAGUUAACAGAUUUUGGUUUAUCAAGAAUUGGAGUAUUAGGGAGACAAACAAGACAACAUCGUAAAAGCUCUACAUCUGAACAUGGAAUUGAGAUUUUCAGAAAAAGUCUCGGAACAAGCCAAAAUCAACCUAAUCAAAGUCCCUUGGCUAAUUUUUCAGGUGCAAGUAGCGGAAUCGAUUCUCCUCUGUUGGACGUCUUUUCUAAUCAAAUUCACAAUCAUAAGAGAAACAAUUCCGUGACUCCAUUUUCAUUAUCACCAACUCUAGAACAUACCAAAUUAGCUUCCUCAAAUUCUGCAUUCCAACAGCUGCAACUUCAACAAUUACUGUCAAAUCAUUCACACUCUCACCCUGGUUCCAACUCCGGAUAUGGUGGUGGAAGUGGUAGAACGGGAUCAGGCUCAAGUGGUUUAGAAUCACCCCUGUUAAAGCCACAAUUACCAAGAACCUCAUCUGAAUCAUCAUUUGCCAUAAUCGACGAUGACUUCCAAGUGAGUCCAUCGCAGCAUCCUAAUACCAUUACCUCAUUUGCAUUAUUUGAUCCGGCCAAAGACGAAGAUAACAAUGAGAUCAAGAAAUUCGUUGGUACUCCAGAUUAUUUAUCGCCUGAGACUAUUGACGGCUCGAAUCAAGGGGAACAUUCUGACUGGUGGUCCGUUGGAUGUAUAUUGUUUGAAUUUAUCUUUGGAUAUCCGCCCUUUCAUGCUGAUACCCCUGACAAGGUUUUCAAAAAUAUUUUGUCAGGUGAGAUCGAUUGGCCACCAUUGAGCCCUGAAGAGGAACUGGAAAUUUGCCCUGCAACUGCCAAAGAUUUGAUUAAAAAACUUUUGACUUUAGAUCCAGAAGAACGAUUAGGUUAUAACGGAGCAGAUGAAAUAAAAUCACACCCUUACUUCAAAGAAAUUGAUUGGUUAAGUUUAUAUGAUGAAGAACCUUCGUUCAUUCCAACUUUGGACGACCCAGAAUCUACAGAUUAUUUUGAUUCAAGGGGUGCUGAUAUAUCGCACUUUCCUAAGGAUGAUUUUGAAGAAGAGACCAUGAAUAUGGUAAAUACCAGACAAGAAAGUAAUAGCUCAAUUAGUACAGGAAAACGGGAAAGAAGAGGUAGUAAGUUGGCAGAAACAGGAGAAUUUGGGUCGUUUCAUUUCCGUAACUUGAAUGUUUUGGAAAAGGCUAAUAAGGAUGUGAUUAACAGAUUGAAGAAUGAACAUUUAGAGCAUCGAAACAGUUAUUCGUCUUCUUCGUCAGAAUCUACCACUAGAUCGAGAGGUUAUUCGUUUAAUGGAUCCACAAAUCCUGGUAGCCCAUUCAAAAGGCCUGUUUCACCGGUGUCUACUUUGAAUCGUGCACCAUCGCCAUCCAAAGGAGAAGGGUUAUCAGCGACAAAUUUGAAUUCUACGGUCAGUCGACAUGAGAGAGUUGGGUCAGCAGUAAGUACCUAUUCAAGUGGUGAUGAAUUUCCAUUUGAAGUAGUUUUCAAUAAAUCGGUUAACGAUUUGAAUUCACCAUCUAGUUCUGACACCGAAGAUACGAAAUCAUCAGCUCUAUUAAGAGUAAGAAAACGAAGAGAAACAAUGAACAAUACCUCUGGAUCCUCGAUAUCUUCGGGUACUCUGGGACAGACUUUUAAUCAUUCGGGUAAUGUGUUGAGUAAUGAAUUGGAUGUAUUAUAUUGUGAACCAAUACCAAUUGUACGUCAUACGAUUAGUCGAUUAUUAGAAAAAUUAGGAUGUAUAGUUGUGUCUGUUAGCGAUGGGGAUGAAUUAAUUAGAAGGGCUACAAGUCAAGUUAAAUUUGAUCUUAUAUUUACUGCAUUGAAAAUAUCAAAAGUUGAUUCUAUUGAUGCAGUUAAGUUAAUCAAAUACACUACUGGUAUAAAUUGUGAGACUCCAUUAAUUGCCUUAACUGGAUUUGCUAAAGAAGCUAUUCAGCUGGGAGUUUUUGAUGAUGUUUUAGAGAAGCCGAUUGAUUUAAAUUCUUUAAAACAAUGCAUCACCAAGUAUCGAAAUGAA